AUGCUCAAUUCUCUAACAUUCCUCGCCUUUCCAGCUUUUUUGAUAAUUUCUAUUUCUACAAAAAGCGCACCAAAAUGUGAAUCCUUGAACUUCCGGAGGAAUACGAAAUGUUUAUUUAAAGAAAUUGUUCUAGCUAAUGACAUAGUUGUGAGCAACUUGUCCGACAAACAGGUUCUUGAAAAGCUUCACAGCUCCUGUGAAUCCCUUAAAAGGUGCUAUGAGACGAUGCCUUGCCAGAAUCCUGAAGUGAUUCAGAAAGUGAACAAAUUGAAAUUGGUGUCAGAAAGUUUCACUUUCCUAUCAGAAAACUUUUUGGUUUGUUCUCAAAAAAUUGAAAAUAUGAGAGGAAAGUGUAAGCCACGGACUACAUGCGACAACAUGUUUGGAGAUAAUAAUUGUGCAAAAGAAGGAAUCAUUAAUAAAUGUUCCAAAGACGAGUGGAUUGGAUUUAGAGAUAGCAUGAUCUGGAUAAUGAGCCUUGUUGACCCACAUUGCAGCUUGGAGAGGUAUCGAAAAAUUUAA